AUGUCGUCCACCGCCGUCUUCCGCAUCGCGACCCGAUGCGUCCGCGCCUCGAGCUCGUUCAGAGCUCCCUACGUCGCCCGCUCGCGGGUGCAGACUGUUGCACCAGCCGCGCCCAUUGCUCUCGGUUUCGGCGGAUACAGCAGCAACUUCAGCACGACCACCAAGCGCUCCAGCGGUCACGAGGAAGAGACGUACGAAGAGUUCUCUGCUAGAUACGAGAAGGAAUUCGAUGCAGUGCAGGAUGUCUUCGAGCUCCAGCGAAACCUCAACAACGCCUUCGCCUACGAUCUCGUGCCCUCUGUUGAGGUGCUUACUGCUGCCCUGAAGGCUGCCCGUCGUGUCAACGACUUCCCUACCGCUGUCCGGGUCUUCGAGGGUAUCCGCGCCAAGGUUGAGAACGAGAGCCAGUACAAGGAGUACCUUGAGCAGCUUGACGGUCUGCGCAAGGAGCUCGGCGUUGUCCUCCGUGAGGAGCUCUACCCCCAGAACUAG